AUGCAACAUAACGAAGCUGAACAAGAAAUAGAGGAGUCAACAAACACACAAUCUGUGUCAAAGAGGCKAGCUCAGGAAAGAUUUUCUUUACCAGUGGACAGAGCUCGACGUCAUAGCUCGACUAAGGAGAAUGAAAUACAAGAGAACGUAAAGGUUAUUAGGGAGCUUCAUGAGUCUUCUCCUUCUUCCAAAGCGACGAUAUCGGACCUUCUGGCUCUUCAGAUCCAUUAUGAACCACAACAUCCUCUUCCUGCAUUGGCUCGGCUGGGACGUCGUAAAGAACCUUAA